AUGAAGUUUGUCGCUGCGUUAUGCAUUUUUAUCAUCACAGUUGUUUCUAUGCCCGCUGCGCCAAUGCAAGAAGUCCUGCGGGAUAAGCGUACUAAAUGUGCCAGCAUCGAGGAUUAUUCCGUGCAAUGGUUUAUCGACAACGCACCGAAAGAUAGAAGACCAGCGCCAUCAACCUGUCUCUUUUACACGUUUAAGCUCACGGAGAAGGCCCGUUGGUAUGCCAAGAAUAACGGAAUGAAGACAAUCUGGGAUGUCUGGCCUGGAGGUUACUACGACAACAGGAUGAUCAAAUCCAAUCCACUGCGAGAAAUCAUGCAAAAUAAGGAAGAUAGGAGAACGUACUUCAGCAAUAUGUCGAUAGCGUGGGCAUCGCUAUGUGACAUCUAUGCUAUGGUCAUGGACAACAACGUCACUCCAACAAGUGUUGCUUGCGACGUUGUAAACAAGAUGGGCAUCUGGUUUAAUGGAGAGCUUCCUGCGUUGCAAAGGGGCAAUAAAGUGGGCAACAAGAAAAACGUCGUCUAUCAAAUACAGGCGAUAUCUCCUGCUGGGGGCGCACCAUUGGAUUAUUGGACAAAGUGGAAGAAUCCAUGCGAUCAGCAGGAUGCGAGUGCAGCUGGUCCUGGAAAAUUGCACGUCCGAAGUCUGGCGACGGAAGAGAACAUGGACUGGUGGGAGGACGAGCUUCCAAAAGAUAUUGAGCUUGAAGACUACAAGCUUGAUGAUUCCACUAUAUGGCCAGUCUGCGAACGGUAA